CCGGAAUCGAAACUAAAAUACAGAGUUAGUGUAAGAGACUCACUGUCACUGGACCAAAGGAAAAUGUCUAGUACAGAACUUCAGAGAACCAUUCAGCAUCCGAUUGUGCCCUUCGUAGGCACAAUUCUUGGUGGUCUGGUACCUGAACAGAUGGUCAUAGUUCAUGGAUGUGUCCCUACUAAUUCUCAACGGUUUCAAAUAGAUUUCCAGUGUGGAAGCAGCGUGCAGCCCCGGGCAGAUGUUGCAUUUCAUUUUAACCCUCGAUUCAGUGGUUCAGGAGUCAUCGUCUGCAAUACGUUAAAGGAUGGAAAAUGGGGCUGGGAAGAAAAAACAUACGAAAGACCAUUUGUAAAAGGAAAACCCUUCGAAAUUAUCUUCAUGGUUUUUCCUGAUAAAUUCCAGGUGGCUACAAAUGGCAAACACUUACUCGUCUACAAGCACAGACUUAAUCUUGAAAGAGUCGAUACUCUAAGUAUAUCUGGUCAGGUGAAGAUUGACAUCAUCGGCUUUACCGCUAAUACAUCUCCACAGGGUUCACAAGCAGUUUCUCUUUCAAUGAGAUCCUUGGGUGGAAAUCCGGCGGAGUUAUCAGAGAACUUUACUGUCCCUUACACAGGAACUCUACCUAUUGUGAUGGGAGCUGGGAGAACGGUUGUUGUAAAAGGAGAAGUGAACAAAAAUGCAAAAUUAUUUGCUAUUGACCUUAAACCAAGCGACUCCAAAGAUAUUGCUUUACACCUGAAUCCACGAAUGAAGCAAAAGCUGUUUGUUCGAAACACAUACUUGUAUGACAGCUGGGGAGAAGAGGAAAAUCAGCUCAACCACUUUCCUUUCAGUCCAGAAAUGUACUUUGAACUUAUCAUCUAUUGUGAAGCUCAAAAGUUCAAAGUAGCUGUAAACGGAGUACACUUAUUUGAGUAUAAGCACAGAUACAAAGACCUGAGCAAAAUAAACACAAUUACAAUCAAUGGAGAUGUUCAGCUAGUCGAUGUGAGAGGCUGGUAGAGCAUACGAUUACAAUGUGAUCAGAAAUAAGAGUGUAUGAACAAAGCUUUGUUGGUACAUAGGCUAAAACAUUCAAAGAAGAUAAAGUUUGUAAUUGACAUGUAUUACCAAUUUUGCUGCUAAAGCUUCUAAAAAUGAUGAUAAACCUUGCAGUGCUUUCACUGCAUAUGAAUACGUACGUCAUACACACUAACUAGAGAGCAACGGUUUUUCCCCUUACUCCCUAACUAGUGUCCUUAUAGCUAGACCCCAUGCUGGAGCUGUCUGUGUAAUGUUUAAACAUUAAAAAAGCUGCUGAUAUAAACUAACAGCACUCAGCAGUUUCUCCCUGUGCUACUGUGCAGGUAUCUCACUCCUCCCUCUGUCUUCAUCGUUACUAUGGCAUUCUGCAGACACCGAGCUGAAUAUUUCACACACAGCUCUGUAAACCGAUGUGUUCGAUUGAUAAUCUGUUAAUGCUUUUUAACAUUAAAGCCGCAUUUGAAUUAAAAUAUAAAA